AACGCGCAUCUAUGUCACGUGAUCGCAGUCACCCGUGUGGUAACUAUAAAUAGCUACAGAUUGGAUUCGAACCCAGUGUAGACAAAAAAAAAAGUUUUAAUUACUGCUGUUAUGAAAGAUUUACGAUUGGAGAACUAUGACCAGCAUUAAUCUGGUGGAUGGGGGUAGGUAUGGCGGGCGCUCCGCUCAAAUCCCAGCCUUUCGUUGGGCACAGCGUCUUGACAAUAGAUCGAUUGGCUUGCGAGAAUAGCCACUACUUCAGCCAUCCUCCCCAACACCCACUCUUUGAUAUAAACACACAUGCGAUCCCAUUAAUGCGUUCAUACACACUCUUGAACAGAUCAUGAAAUUCCCAAUUCAGUGAGAAAACAAGAGAGAGAGGGAAAGGGAGAGGCGGAGACAAGGAGGGGGGGUUUGUAACUACCCCAAAGUCUGGAAGACGAGAUCUAUGGAGGCCUGCCAAGAUUUGCAACAAUAUGGAACGUGUGUUGACCCUUUAUGGGAUCCCUUCUCUACCGACCACGUUAAAGCUCUCGUGCGCAAGGAAUCGCCGCCAAACUCGGACUCCAACGUGAGUAAAACCAGCACCCCUUUAACGCCACAAGAAUUCGAGCUACUGUCCGAUUCCAAUCCAUUCAAGCAAGACAUCGCAGAGAAGUACGGUCUCGCUUACCCGGGGAUCACCACUAAAUCUCAGAGCAUAGAUUUCUUGAAUAAGGCGAAAAGUUUGCUAGACCUUGACGACCUGUUUAAGGUCCGGUUUCGAAGAAGGAGCACGAAUGAUGAGAGUUGUCCAGAAAGCAGCAGUGGCGGAUCCAGAGCACGCAGACACUACAGGGAGUCAUCCACGCGUGCUGUGAGUGGCUUGAAUGAGUUCCUUCUGAAGAACCAGCAGUCUAUAGAAGAAAGCAUCCAGAAGCUAGGGGACUCGAAUGAGGAGUUGUCUCGCGUGAAACGGCAAGAAUUUCUGCUUCAGAAUCAAAAGUCGAUUGAAAAAAGUAUUCAAAGACUUGAAAGCUUGGAGCGAGAACGACAUCUGUCGAGGAAGUUGACGGAACAAAAGAGCAGCGCUGAGGAAGUAUUAGACCCGAACAUUCCAGACAUCGGACCUCAGGAUGAACCAAAUAACAACACGCAUUUCAACAAAGACAUUCUGUUCAAGGAUAACCUGAUAAGCUUUGAUGAUAAAGUAUCAUCAGACACGCCUUCACCAUCCAUUGGUAAGCAAGACAACUGUGAUAAGCCUACAUCACCCCCCACCAACGUCAUCAAGCAAGUCUCAAGCGAUCUGCAAUCUACGCCUGAAUCCUUGCAUGCAGACGACUCAGAACGGUCCCUUAAGAGACACGAUCCGUACGCAGCCAUCUUACAGGAGGAUAUAUGUCGCAAACGUGAACAUGUCAAAUCCUUGUCUGAUGCUCAGUCGUUUGGGUCCAAAGAUGAAUCGUUUGACAUUCCUCGUCUGCUGACUAAGAGCAUCGAUAUCGGAGAGUUACCUCGCCUAGCAAAAGACAUAAAAACUUCACAACUUGAUAUAAGCCCGAAUGACGAACAGCUGGAAAAAGUGAAAAAACUUCAGAAAGGAUUAAAACAUUUGUAUUCUACCAGUAUAGAAACUGUUUCUAAUACUUCACCAGUGGACGUUGGUCAGGACAACCAAGUAGAGGUCAAUAUUAGUCCCUCUAUCACUGGUGAGAGUAUAGAUUAUCAUUUUGGAUCGUCGCUUGAUAGUUCCGAAGAAAUUUCUAAAUCUUUAGAAAGUAUCGUCUCCCCAUUGACUUUCGUUCCUUGCUCCAGUGACGCGAAUAAAGUUGUUCACAUUCAAAGCAGUGAUAGUGACAGUCAGGGGCGUGUUUCCGGUCCCAGUUCAUCCAAUCAUAUAAUCAUUAAGUCUUCUAGUUUCGUGAAUUCUCCGGAUGUGGAUAGCAACGAUGAUGUUUUCGCCGAACGGACGCCGGAAACUACCGAGGACCACGCAGUAAAGGUUGACGAGUGGAAGAGUAUUAGCCCCUUGAGCAGUGACCAUGACGUCAACUUUGACCAGUCCGUAAGUCCAUCGCCAGAUAUAAAAGAAGCUCCGAUGGCCAGCGAUCAGUUCAGCUCUUCUUUCUACACCAUGUUUGGCACCACAGUGACGUCAUUAGAAGACAUUGCUAACAGUGGGCAAGACCAGUGUGCGGGAAAAGAAAAAAGCCCAGAUUACAAACAAAAGCUUGAAACGGAAGAUCUUGCAGAGGCGGACACUGACGAAGCCAAAUGGGAUGGUUCGGAAGAUCUCGGAGCGUUAGACGACUCCGCAUCUCACUUUGAUGAGACGUCAGGGGACGACUCUGUCUUUGGCGAAACACGUUCGCAAAACUGUCAGGACGAGCUUAUCUCAUUUGUCGACAGCAUUCAUUCGUUGGACAGGGGCGACCACUCUCCUUGCAUCUCUAAGGAUAUCUUGUUCCAGACGAAGGUCUCACUUUCCAGCGGCGAUUCUUCCAGGGGAAGCAUUUCCCGUGAGUCGAUGAGGGUGAACUUGUCUCAGGACAGUUCCACACUAGAACACUCAGAAGACACGCCCUUGUCGUCAACAUUAAUCUCUCAGUCUGAGCAACCAUUGCGUAAGCCGUUUGACGUUGCGUCACUUGUUCCUCUGAACGAGUGCAAGUCAAUGGACUCUAUGCUAGUGAACAUGUCGAGUGACAGCCUGGCGGCCCAAGGCGUAUCCAGAGGUAGCGAUCAAUUUUCAAAGCCGCCAGAUAGAGCUAACAGAGGAUCUCUCUCCAUCGACUUGAGGAGACGCAAUAUGCAAGAGCAGACAAGGCGAAGGUCACUUCCUAUGGUCAGGCUUAAGAAUCUGGGGAAAGCUACGCCCCUUCUUUGGACUUCUCAGUCUGUGGAUGUAAAUAUAGAAUCUGCUCACCGCAGGUCAUCAUUACAAAUGGAUGAACCAAUCACCAAAGAAAUUAAAACCUACAAAUCAUCCCAGACUAAACUACAGUAUGAGGAUCCCUCUUUAUCCUCUAUGUCCUCUUUUACAUCAUUUGGGAAAAAAUCCCCUUUUCCAGAUAAGGAUAAAUGUGAUACUCCAAUGUCUAAGGAUAAAGAAAUCGAAUCCUUGGAAAAAACUGACGAUAUGCAAAAAGCAGAUUCGAUACUGCAAGACAUUUGGGGGGUUCCUAUCGUUAAAAUCAGCACAACCGAACCGAAUACAAGUACUUCAUCGCCAUGGUCCACAGACAGCUGGGGAUUAGUCAAACAGUUUAGUGAUGAUUUUAUUCUAGACCACCUAACGCCAAGUCAGCAAGAAAAAGAUAAAAGUGCGGAAUUCGGAAAUGUUAAUCACAAGAAGGAUACUGAAGAAUCAAAAGAAAUCACGAACUUGCUUGUCGAUACCAGCACAGAGAAUAUCGAUACCCACAGUUCGGAGGUUCUAACUCAUGUUAGCGUAUCUGAUCAAUCUUUGAGUUUUUCUGAAUUCGUCAAAACUAAAAUUCAGAAACCACUACGAGUUGUCCUUCCUUUCUCCCAACAUCAUGAUGUCAUAGAGUCCAACAAUCCACCACAGACUUUUGGUAAAGAUGUCGACCCGGACGAAGCAAUACCUGCAGCAAAACUUGUGGAUGUCAUAGAACAGGAAGUGGACGGUUCUAAAGAUGCAGACAAUGGACUUCCUCCAGAUUUACUUCUUAACAAAACCUCACAAGCCACGCCUACUUCACCAAAAGCCACGCCCACUUCACCCAUAUCCAUACCAGAGUUGGACCAAGUUGAACUCAACUCUACAUAUGCAAAUAUUGACAUCACGCACAGCCAAGUAGAAGCUGAAAAUAGCGUCGAGAAUUCAAACGACAGAGAAGUCAGUGGAGACGAUAGAUUGAGACCCAACGAUGUCACUGACAAACCUGACAGCAGCAGUGACAGCGAUGGAGGUGACAUAGACGCCCUAGUCCAGGAGUACAAACAGGAAGUUGUAGACAGCGACGACGGUGACAUCGAUGACAUUGUCAAAGAGUUUAAAGUUGUACAGCCGGAAGUCGAUGCGCACAGAACGGCCGAAGACUCUGAAAAAUUUCGCAAGUCUGCUUUCAAUAAAUUUGGUAAAGUUCUCAAUAAGAUGCAGUCAGUCACCAAAUACAUGACUGCGAAAAAAAAAGACAAAGAUGGCGAGGAUAAAUUCAAGUCGCCGCCCCUGAGCGGCAGACAUACAAGAAGUCAAUCAGAAGAUGAUGGCGGUGAAGGAUCCGAUGGCAGACGUGAAAAUGAGGACGCGUUUGAAUUGUUGAACAAAGCUGCAGAAGUUUUCAAAGCACAAACGGUCAAGAAAAAACGGAAGUCAACUGUCGGCACCUGGAGAUCUAAGACUGAAUUCACAGAGACCAUUGAACCGGACACAGAAACAGACUAUGACUUGGUGACUAGAGCGGCGAUUCUUUUCAAAGGAUUUAAAACAAAGAAACAUAAAGAGAUCGAAGGGGUAGACUCCAGUUCGGAAACAGAGCCGAUAAGUUUAAAUCAUGUUGAUGCUAAUCAAAGUAUUGAACUAGUUGCACGGGAUGAAGAAAGAAAAUGUGAUGACGUAGUGAAGGGUGAUGACGUAGAGAAGGGCGAUGACGUAGAGACAGUUGAUGGCGUUGAAAUAAGUGAACGCUGUAAUGACAGCAGCUCUCGAGCAACGGAAACUGAUACAUUAGCUAACGCUACAGAGCCGCUACUUGAUAGCAGUUCAAGUAAUGUGAAUGAACCAGACCAAUGUGAUAAAGAGAAACCUCUGGACUCUGAACUGUCUGAGCGCGUUAACAGCGCUAUGAUCGACUCCGGGUUUGAGUCAGUGAUUAAAUUUGCAUCCGAACAGCAAGAAACAACCGAGGAGGUUGCGCUGUUUGACUCUGAUCACGUGGUCAAGGCCUACGAGUCUUCAGUCGAGAUAGCCGGACAGAUGGCUAUCGAACACUCUACUAUUGAUCACGACGUCCGGCUAGAGUCCGGCUUAGCUGAUAAAGUCCAAGGUCCCAAUGUAUUGGAAGAAAACAAAAAGUCAUUUUUACCUGAUGAUAACAUAACCCACAGAGUUGAAAGCAUGAAAGAAGAAGAAAGAAAGGAAGGGAAGAUGGAUGUAGUCGGUAUUCCAUCAGAAAAGAUAAGCUUUGAUAGUUAUGAAAACGUGAAGCCAAAGAUGGAGGAAGUGCAGAAACAAGUAAUCGAUAAGACUGUUAAAAUUGAAGAGUUUUCAGAAAGGAGUCUCACUGUUGACUCUGAGCUUGAGCCUGAAUCUCCCAAAAUUUUAGGUGUUCUCAAUGAACAAACUUGUGAUCUCAUUCUCAGCACUGGCUACGAGGAUAAAAUAUCGACCAGAUCUGAUGGUAAAAUAAGUUCUUUGAAGCAAGAACUAAAAACGUCUCAAACAUCCACUCUCAAAGAAGCAAAUGUCAAACUCGAGCAGAUCGCCAAAGAAAUCAGCAAUGUGGAUGCUGAAGGGCUUAAAUUUACCAACGGUAAGUCCGGCACUGGUAAUUUGGAUCUCAGGCCGCCGGAGUAUAAAAGGCUGUCCUCGGAAUCAACUGAGAACCAAGACUCCUGCAGUAUGACUGUCAACUGCCCUGACUCGCCAGAGAAUGGCAUGAGUGUUAACGGCGACGGAGGGUUCUCAUUAUGUUGCGGGAGAAACAUUAAACUCAAUUGCACCGCCAUGGUCAAGAAACCGGAAAGACGGCCAUCCGCAGUGGUCAUUGCCAACAAACGCUGCGCCAUGACGGAAGAGGAGAGUAUGUUCCCAAUGAAGGUCAGUGAAAGUUUUAGGCAAGGUUUGAACCAGGACCAUGACAAACCUGACUCCAAAAUAACAAGACCACAGGCCCAGGUGAGAAUGGUUCAUGAUCUGAAAGUUAAUGAACAUGAACUGAAUCGAAACUUUGCCGGAAGCAGGGAGGAGCUUCUUAACGACCCAGAAAACAAAAAUAUAGCUCCAAAGACUUCUCAGAUAGAACGAGAGGAAAAAGAUUUGCCAAAAGACCCCACCCCUCCCUCUGAAGGGGUAAUUACGUCAGACUUUGAAAGGGAUAGACGGACACGACUUGAAAAACGAAGGUCAAUAAUCGAAAAUCCAGACGCCGAUAAAAGGGCUAUAAAUAUGUAUGACUCGGUCUUGGACGAGCUUGUGGAAAAACAGAGCAGUAAAGCAGAGAUGGGAGAGAAACAGAUUGGACAAGAAGCUCGAGAGACUAUCAAGUCUAAGAGAUAUGGGCGAGUAAUGAGCGAGUCUGACUUUGAGGCUAAUUUCGGACAGGCUAUCGAGAAGUGUGAGCAAAAACUCCAGCAAAUCGCCAAACAUGAAAUGGACACUGGAGUGGUUACCGAAGGGGUGGUAACUGACCCGACCCAGUACGUACGGGAUCAUCUAGUGACCAUUAAAUCUCGUGACAACGUCCCGGGUUUUAUUAUGCAACAGAGUAUAGAUGUGUAUGAUAAUCUGCUAUAUCCGGACUCUGCGCAGUCGACACUCGAUAGGUCAUACCGGUACCGGCCACAGCAAAGAGAUAGACGUGGUCAGCGGGACGCUGUCGACCCUAGGUCCAGUUUCACAAGCGUUGUAUCUGACGGUGUAUCCGACGAAUAUAUCCACGGCAGACGGUCUCACGGGAGGUCAAAAUGGGUCAGCUCGACCCCUCAUCUGUGCACCGUCGAAAAACAAACAGACAUGGUCAAUAGCAGAACAAAUUCGCUUCCAUAUCUAGACAGGCCGGACACCAUUCCCAGACACUACCGCUCAGACGUCGCUGCAUCGGCUAUUAGCUUCAAUUCCUAUUCAGCAGGUUGGGGGAACUACGCGAGGAUUGAUGACGUCAAUGACAGACGAUCUUACGACUCUGAGAGCUCCACAUCCGGUCUCGUGAUACCUGGAGCUGGAAGAGAAUCGACGCUGAGUGACGUGUCGGACGCGUACAUCUUUGGAGAAUAUUCUACGGUUAAAGAUGAAAUUCCUUAUGACAGGGUUAUACGUCCGAUGGACGGCCACAGAAUUAUGGAUAACUCCUUCCGCUUCCGGCACUUUCAGACGACAUCAGAGGAUUCUCCUUAUGAAAAUAUGAAAGUGAUUACUUCCCAGCCUAUCGGUUCCAGAACAGUUUACGUGAGGUCUGAUAUCGACAUACGCGGUGACUUGACCGAUGGCUAUCAGCCCUACGCCAUCAUUGCAAAUCCAAUGGAGUCUAAAUAUGUCCAGUACUCUGACCCGACCUCGCCCGCUGGGGUCAUCAAAAUAAGCUGCGCAUCGCAAACCAGUACAGAGUCUCUGGUUGGCCUGGUCAGAGAUGACGCCUCCGACAUCCUGGAAGGGCUGCCUGUGUUUGAGUACACCCUCGGAGCCACACAAAGCACGGAGAGCCACCUGGCCGACGCCGCCAACUCCCCAGGCGGUUACAAGCUUGCAGACGACAAGCCAGAUCUCACGCGCCAAACCCAGUCGCUGGACCGGAGGACCAUGAAGCAGUCCGAAGGUCCGAGGAACUCUUACGUCAUCAAGAAGGCCACCAAAGUGACGUUUUCCAGGGACGCCGUCCUGACUGACGUCAUCGACGGAAUUAAGAAGUGCGAGCAGGGCCAAGAGGCGAGUGGAAGAGGUAUUAGGAACAUCGCCACCUCGACCAUGUCUUCAAUAGGAGGCGGGGUCAAGGAGAUUGCUAGAAUCUUCCACGUCCCGUUCCAGUGCUGCAGGAGUUCCCGGAAGGAGAAACCACGCAAUAAGCCAACUGAGUCAAGGGUCGUGCGUCACUCAUUUCGUCUCUACCACUUUCGACGACCACAUCGCUGUUUCGUCUGCAAGCAAUUAGUCUACAACCAGGGAUCUGCUUGUGAAGUGUGCAGGUAUAUCUGUCACCGGAAAUGUGAGUCACAGGUGAUGACGUCAUGUGUUCCUCAAGUAACCAAUGACUUGAGCAACGAUGCAGUAACCAAGAGUCACCAAACAUCUUUGAAAUCGGUUGGUCAGAGCCAUUCGACUAUGUCCACUUCCACAAUGAGAGACAUGCUAAAUAAAAGUCUAGACCAAUCCCAGAUUGAAGGCGGUCUUAGUCUGGACUUGGUCUACAUCACUGAAAGGAUCAUAUCAAUGACAUUUCCCACUGAAGGUCAUGAUACAACCUAUGCCUUUCAACUGAAAGAAGCUGUCAAUAUGUUAAGAACCAAACAUGCCGACAACUAUCUGAUUUUAAAUUUAUCAGAGAAACGUCAAGAUUUAACAAAAGCUAACCCACAAGUUAAAGAAUAUGGAUGGCCAGACCACCUUGCCCCUCCCUUGGAGCGACUGUGUUCCCUGUGUAAGUCUGUGGACUCCUGGCUGAACUCUGACAUCAGGAAUGUAGUAGUGCUGCACUGUAAGGGUGGACGCAGUCGACUGGCUAGUAUCAUCGCAGCUUAUCUUCACUAUAGCAACAUAUGUGCCAGUGCUGACCAGGCUUUAGACAGAUUUGCAAUGAAAAGAUUUUAUGAUGAAAAGUUAAAUGGAGUAACUCUUCCUUCUCAAAGAAGGUAUGUGCGGUAUUUCUCUGGUCUCUUGUCCGGUGCCAUCAAGAUCAACAGCAACCCCCUGUACCUUCAUCACAUCCUCAUUCAUGGGGUACCAAACUUUGACACUAAAGGAGGUUGUCGCCCUUUUAUCAAGGUGUACCAAGGGAUGCAACCAAUCUUCACUUCUGGAGUCUAUAAUGUUACAGACAACAUGCAGAAAGUGUGUAUCUCCAUCUCUCCUGGCAUUCCUCUGCGAGGGGACAUCCUCAUUAAGUGUUACCACAAGAAGACAAGGUCAGGCCAGCGAGAAGUCAUUUGGCAGUGCCAGUUUCACACCUGUGCCAUCUCAGACAACAAUCUGGUGUUUUCCAAACAGGAAUUAGAUGAUGCUGUGCUAGAUCCAAGGUUCCCAGAUCAUGGUAAAGUAGAGUUUGUCUUUGGACCAAGUUCUGAUGUUUUGGUUUCAGUUUCAGGAUUCAAGUCUGACGUGACAGUUCCCGUUGACAAUAAUGAAGAGUCUCUGGCACGUUCGGAUUCUUACGAAAAUUUCCAUGAAGCCUUGGAGUCUGUAGAUGCUUUAGACUUGAAUCAAAACGGAAUAUCAUCAUCACAAGUCCCCGUGAAUAAAAGUAAAGUGAUUAGCAAUAUCCACACUGUAGACCACAGCAAAGCGCCAGACGGAAGCCUCUACGCCACUGUCACCAAGAGGGCAACACCCACCUCAUCAGUCCCACCGUCAUCAGCCGACCAUUACUUUGGCCCCUCCCACAUAACCAAUGGCUCCAUUUCCUCCAAUAUAAACUCUGGCUUUGCAGGCCACAACACAAGCUUUAAUUCUCACUACACAACAUCAGUAACAUCCAACAACAUCAACAACAACAUCCUGAGUAGCAGCGACCUUGUCAGUCCCACGUAUUCCCAGAUCCAGCCAAGCAGCGGCACGCUUGGAAGAAAAACAGUCCAGACGCUGGAAGAGCGGACGCAGCUAGACGAGCUGUUGAGUGACCUACUAAGUGAACAGACGUUUUCUUCUCCUACACAGCAACAGCAGCUUUCUCCGAGGUCCUUUCAAAAUCAACAGACAUCCUUUUCACCUAACAGCGGCAAUAUAGCAACCAGUCCAACCAUGAGUGGGGCUAAAACUGUGACAACAACCACCCGCACUUACACUUCUUAUUCCAGCACCGACGCACACAGGAAUCCCGACAGGGUGCUCAUACAGCGCGCUGAGGUUUCCUACAAGGUCCCUGGUCAAGGUGAGGUCAAGGACCAUUACACCAUUGCUGCAGACCCUUCACAAAUGCUGGACACAAGUCCGUCAAGGCCACCCCCCAGCCAAUACCAUCCUAAAGGAGUUCCUAACAAUGCCUUUUCAUACACAUCUGGAGUCUCCCAGCAAACCAGUCAGAGAUCCGAAUUAGUCGAACAUGAAGUCGUGCGCUCUCAACAGUCGCAGGCUCUUCACUCGCCCCCAUCGUCUCGGCUUCCUUAUCGGGCCGACUACGAGUCGUCGUCUUCUCCGCCUUCAUACUCCUACUCUUCAUUGGAUGGUGAUACCAACUCCUGGCUGGCGCAGCAGCAGCAGAAGCUUAAAAACUUUAAAGAGGGACGGGAUUCGUCUGGCCGGACAGAGCAGGAGAAAAAACUUGUGAACGAGUUGCGGUUUGCCCAGAACAAGUAUUACACACGGAAGACACAGAGUGAUGAUGAGGAAAGGGCUGUCAUGGAUUCUUACAACAGGCCUGGCUAUCAAAAUGGCCCCACUUCUCCUGAGAGGUUAACUAGUUCCUACACAACUACACAGCGCUCAGCAGGGGAGCGGGAGCCUGCCUGGCCUCAGGACCAGCACUACAACACAUCCUACACUACGUCCUCUUACAUGGAGUCCCGCAGCUAUGGCGAUAAGAAGUCCAACAAGCCCCCACCCUCCCCAACUAUGCAGAGGUCGCUUCCUGUCCAACAAGCCCCUGCCCCUGUCCCUGCACGCAGCAGCAGUAAGGAGUAUAUGCGCACUCGGUCCAACAGCAGCAGCAACUGGCAACAGCAACAGACUGUCCAGCAACCACAGCGGCCCCUACAGAGACAGCAGAGUGACACUUUGUACGACAGAAACCGCGAGGUGGAACACAUCCAGCCGAGGUCGUAUGGGUCAACGCAAAGCACCCCGCCCCUCUCACCAAGAGCAAUAUCUCCUGUGGGUCCUAUAAGCACCACAACUUACACCACAUACAGGACAAUAGACAGACAGCGAGAUGCCCAGGAGGACAUGAGGGCAAAGAGGGCUCCACCUCCACAACAAGCCCCACCUCCACAACAGGCUCCCCCACCCCAGCAGACCCCUGCACAGAUCAAUCAUCACUACAUCACAGAAGUAUUUGUUCACAGGACAGACAUCAAUAAAGACAAAACAGAUUCCUCCACAAGGCUCGACGAGCUGGAGAAAAACCUGGAGGCUGCCUCGCAGUCCAUCAAGAGCACUCAGCAGUAUGCCAGCUUGCCUCGACAACCCCAGGUGAUUGAGGAGACUAUUCACCAUCACUCCCAGAGUCAGCAGUAUCACACCUACCAGGAGAGUGUGAGUAACCCCGGCAUGCCGACUAAUCGAAGCACGUCACCCCCAAUCUGGGAUAAUGUUGAUAAACCAGAAGGACCCCGGGUCAAGGAGAUUGAGGAGGAGCGGGUGAUGCUGAGACCUAUUGGCCCCGGCAUGCAGACCUUGGAACCAGAGAGUGCCCACACAGGAACCUUGGGCCGUCCAACAACGCCUGGAUUCCCUACUGGACCUGCGACCCCACCAUUUCCUGUCUCACCAAGGACACCAUACCAAAAUUCAGUUCAAAUAAUAAGAAUACCAACUCCAAGUUACCAGCAGACUCAGACUCAGGUAUUUCAGUAUGGAACAGGGAGUAACUCCCUGGUCCCUCCAUCCAGAUUAGGGAUUCGAUCACCUAAUGCAACAAUACAUGAAGGUGUUGUCUUGCCAGUAGGUGGACAGAUCAUCAACCCGAGUGGCACUCUGCAAGCUGCACCACUACAGCAGCAACAUCAGACCAUACAGUACCAGCAGUACCAACAGUCCUACCAGACACAACAUUUGGACAACCAAGGGCAGAAUACCCUGCACAUAGACACCAGCCCCAAGAUGUUGAUCAACCCAUCGACUGGCAGCCCACCAUCUCCUGGUAAUUUUAACACGCUGAGGCAACAAUUGUCUUCUGCCCAUUCUCUGUCUGGCUCUGUGAUCAGUCCUGGACCUCAUUCAAUGACAGGCCAGAGCUCACCCAGUGUUUACUUUGGACUUUCAAGGCGAGGCAGUUUGUCUUCCCUGGCAGACUCUGAUAUGGUUCACACAACUCCCAAAUUUGUAAAAGACACCUCCAAGUACUGGUACAAACCAAACAUCAGCAGAGAAGAUGCCAUUCAACUUUUGAAAGAUAAACUACCUGGCACAUUUGUCAUCCGAGAUAGUAACUCCUUCCCUGGAGCCUUUGGUUUGGCCUUGAAAGUAGCCACUAUCCCACCGAAUGUGCAAGCCAAGCCUUCAGGUGAUCCACAAGCUGAUCUAGUUCGACAUUUUCUAAUUGAACCAACACCAAAGGGUGUUCGGUUGAGAGGAUGUAGUAACGAGCCAGUCUUUGGCAGUCUGGCUGCACUAGUUUACCAACAUUCAAUAACACCCUUGGCUUUACCUUGCAAGUUGGUUCUACCAGAAGCAGAUUCAAUUGAUGGACUUCUAACACCUGAAUCGCCAAUCAAUGCAACUGAACUGAACUCUGCAGCCACAUUGCUGGCUCAAGGAGCAGCUUGCAAUGUCAUUUUCAUUAAUUCUGUGGACAUGGAGUCCCUGACAGGACCUCAAGCUGUGGCCAAAGCAGUCAAGAUGACAUUUGAAAAUAAUGUCCCAGGAAGGACAACUGUGGUGCACUUCAAAGUGUCCAAUCAGGGCAUUUGUUUGACUGACAACAACAGGAAAUUGUUUUUCAGACGUCAUUACCCAGUGAGUGCUGUCACUUACUGUGGCAUGGACCCACAAGAAAGAAGAUGGAAGAGAGAACUGGAUGGUCCUGGAACACAAGGGGAUGCUAGAAUAUUUGGCUUUGUAGCCAGGAAACAAGGCUCCUCAAAUGAAAAUACUUGUCACAUAUUUGCAGAGUUGGAUCCUGAGCAGCCAGCUUCAGCCAUAGUGAAUUUUGUUACGAAAGUUAUGAUAGGGCAAAGCAAAGUCAAAUCCUAGAAAAGCAAGCUGCUUGUAAAGGUGGAAAAGAAACCAUGUGAACAUUUUUAUGAAAUCAUUUCUUUAGCAGUUAAUAAAAUUUGACAAUUCAUUUCUGAUGUACAUAUGACCACACCCCAAAAAGACACUACGUGUACACAAGAAGACACAGAAUUUAGUAUACAAUAGAAUACAAUAAGGUUGUUCAACUUUUUCUCAAUUUUUGACCUAAUUGGUCUACCAUACCUUGUAGCAGCUUACAGUGAACGUCUGUUUCCUUGUGGAGUGUCUCUCUCUCUCUAUUUUAUAUACAUAUAUAUAUAUAUAUUUAAAAUAUUAUCUUGGUCAUCAGUUGUAUGUAUAAAGUCAAACUGCUUAAUAUAAUCGUUACAUAAAUGCUGUCUUACUGCCCUGUAAUCUAUUGAUUCUCUAAUGAUUGCAAUGAAUCUGCUCUGUGUCAUGAUAUCAAAUGGUUGUAGUUCUUGUGCAAAGCUUCAAAACUCUCUGUUCCGGAAGACUUGGUCUCCUAAAGAGGAAGAGAAUGGCUUGUGGUUAGUCUUGUGCUGCAGAUCUAGAUUUAGCUCGGACCAUGUGCAUAGUGAAGUGGAUACAGUUUCUGUGUGUAAAUAGACAGGCUUUAGUGGCUUCUCUUUUCCUGGAAGCUCAUUUUUCAAUUGUACAGCUUUUGUUUUGAAUGCUACUUGAUACAUAACAUUAACGGAACGAUUGUUGACUUUUAACAUGUGUUAGCCGAACUUUGGUGGUAUAUAUAUAUAUAUGGGUCAGAUUAUUGUGUGAACUUAUUCAAUACUUAGGUUAGGUACUAAAAUCAUAAAUGAUUUUGAGAGUUGAUCUGGAGAUGUACUAUUAAUGAAAAUGUUUAAACUGUAGACAUUUUAACAGAAUUAUUGAUAGAAUGGUCCGCUAGACAGGAUCAACAAAGAAACUCAUUUUUUAGUUUAAAAAAAAAAUGCCAACAAAAUUAUUUUUAAACUCUUCACAUUUUUUAUUUGAGUGAAUUUGAUUUUUUUAAUAUUUUUUUUUAAAGUAUUUUUAAUAUCACAUUAUAUGAGGUAGUGUUGACUUAUUGUAAAGAUGGGUUGGGUGUUGAGUCAGUGUCAGUUGAAUGUCAGUGUUUUAGUGCAAAUGAAUUAAUUGUCAGUUCCUACUGGUGUUGCCUGGUCUGUGGGGGACAAGGAAAUGUUUCUAUCACCCAAUAAUUUGUAAGCUUCAUUAUAUAUGCAGAGACUUUUCUGUUGUAUGUAUUUGCAUAUCUAAGUUAUUUAUAAGAAUGAACUUAUUUAUAAUUAGACUACUGUAACACUACUGACUAGUUUGAUCUGCAUGAUUCAAAUCUACUGUUGUUAGGAACUAGUGACACACUUUCUCCUUUGGCCCCCCAACAGAAGACAAGUUCUAUAACCCAUUUUAUUUAUAUUAUUUUGUGAAGUCCUUAUGGCUGUAUGUACUAUACAUCAGUAGAUUAUUGUCUGGUGAUUUGUAUAGCACUGAAAUUUUAUGUGCAUUUUUAAAGGUGAAUAUUUGUGAAUACUGGAAAAAAAAAAAAGGUGAUCUAUCUGAAACAGUCGACACUAACUGAAUAGAAACCUUGUCUCCACACGCUUCGGUGCUAUUGGUUUCUCUGACCUUUUAUGAGAAUGUAACUAUAUACCACAUUAACUGUUGUAGCUCUGUGUCGGUAGAUGCCUAGUACAUAAGAAAAACAUGUAUCAAUUGCUGUUAUUUUAUAAUCAAUCUUAGACAGUAGUCGAGUCCAAUCAGACUUGGUAUUUCAACAAGAGAAACUUUUUUUUUUUUUUACUCGGCAUUUAGCUGUUUACUUGAUAGCAGUUUGUUUUUUUUUAUCGUGGAUUUAAUCUUUUCCAAUCCAAUAUUAGGUUUAGACUUCAUGUUUAGACUAGAUUUGGAGUACACUGGAUACUAUUGAAGGUCCAUUGGAUAGUUUUUUUUUUUAAAUACUUUUUAACUCUUUGAACAAAUGAAUAUAAUUGUAUAGCAUCUUUUUGUAUGUAUCUGGCUCUAUGUUUCUAUCCCAUAAUUACCUCUAGUGCAUGGGUUUUGUUGACGCUUCUGUUUCUAUUUUUGUUUGGAACUUUAUAUUUAUCUACGACACAUAUACAUUUUGUUCUGACUUGUUUAACCUUCUAGUAGAUGUUACUAUCACCAUCAGUACUUCAGUUUUUUUUGUAGUUUGAUUAUAUGUUGCAAACAGAAUUAGGUGCCUUGACUAGAGAAGUGCUAAAAUAAAACCGUUUCUGUUCAUUUUCAAAGUAUUUUUGACAUUGAUUUGUGCACAAAAUUGAUUUUUUUGUUUCACUAAUUGACCUUAGCCUAGAAACUACAAAUGUAGUCGCCUUUAGUUGUUUGAAGAAAUUGUGGGAAUUAACACCAACAGGAAAUGACAUCAUGUAUAUCCCAUCAUACAGUGUUUCAAAUAUAUUCAUAUUUCCUGUAUUUUAUAAUUUUCUUUUUCUCAGCUGACUAGUUUGUACAACAAUUGUCUGAAUAAUAAAUCAUGUUAUGCAUGGC